AUGGCUGAAGCAAUUGUUUCGGUUUCGUUGGAGCUGCUGGAUUCAAUUCUACUUCCAACUGCUGGCUUCAUAGGAGAACAAGUGAGGCUAGUGGGAGACGUUGACGAAGAAGUAGACAAGCUUAAGAACAAUCUUCAAGCCAUUCAAGCUGUGCUACUUGAUGCUGACCAAAAACAAAUGAAGAAUAGAGCUGUGAGAGUUUGGUUGAAUCGGCUCAAAGACGCAUGUUAUGACGUGGAAGAUGUGCUGGAUGAGUGGAACACUGAAAUCAUGAAACUGAAAAUUGAGGGAGGUUAUGUUCAUAAUGCUCUUGCUCCUGAGAAGAAGGUAUGUUGCUUUUUUCCCUCUCCUUGCUUUGGCUUCAAAGAAGUUGUUUUACGACAUGACAUUGCGGUUAGGAUAACAGAGAUAAAUAAAAAGUUAGAUGCUAUUGCAAAAGAAAAAGGUGAUUAUAAUCUUAAUGUCAUUUCAGCUAAUGAGUGA